GCCCCGCCUCGGCCCGGGACCCGCGUUGUCCACUCUGCCCCUCUGUGAGAAGUUCUUGUUCAGCACAUGUGGAAGGAGAGCAUGUGUCCCUGCUUCAGCUGCUGCCACACAGAGCCCAGCAGCAUAGCUGAGGCCCACCUUUGAUGGCACUCCACGCUCAGACUUUGGUUGUUGUAUCAAAGCUCAAUUCCCUUCUGCCACCUCAGCUUCCUGUGAGGACAGCUGGAAACACUCGUGUCUUUAACAGCUGAAGCAAGAUUCUAUGAAGCUCGUAUGUGAAAGCCCUGAGAGAAGAGACACUGCAAAUGGAAAGAGUGGUGCCCAGUUUUCACUGAUUUCUGCUGGAUUUAGGUUAGGAUUUGACUAUGGCAGUGCGAUUCCUGUGGAAGGCAUCAGUGUGGUUCAAGAAGCACAAGAUCACUGUGUUGGCUGUUUCUUGCAUGGGACUGCUUGGCACUAACCUUUCCUAUCACGUGUUUCCUGAGCAGACAUUCAAACUGCUGCACGAGUGCUGGUCAGAGGGGCAGCCAGCUGAGCUUUCAGAGAAGCUCUGUGGUGUGUUUCAAGAUGUCCUUCAAGAUACUGGUGUGAAGUCCAGUGGCUCCUACAGAGCCUUUGCAGCUUCUAGCUUCCACCCUGUGAGCGCUGGAAUUCCCUGGCUGCCCGAAGGUUGUUUGGUGGGCAUCCCGCCUAACUUUGAUAGCACAGCUGAGGAUAAAAAAGGAAUAGUCAACCAUGUUGUUGUAAUAAAUGGCAAGGAGGUAGACUGGGACAGCAGUGAAGGUGUGGCUUUGAAGGAAGCUCUCACAUUUUCCCUUAAAGCUCAGAAGUUUGCCAUUGCCAGAGAAGUUAUGUACUUGCAGAAUGGCAGCCCUUUAGCAAGUGCAGUUGUGGCUCCGACUUGCUUGGCUGGGACGUUUGUCUGUGGGACUGCUCUAAAGCUGCUGCUGGGGUUAUCCAGUGGCCCUGUGAUCCUCCGGGGCCUCUGUAACCUUGUCACUGCCAUGGGAGGACUGCUCUGCUACUAUGUUUCUUCUGAUGCCAUCACCUAUCACCUGGACUGCAGGGCCGACUCCAAGGCAGCCAGGCUUUCCAAGGACUAUGCCAGCGGUGGCCUUGAAUUUUAUGAUAAGAUCUUGUCCCGCAACAGGAUUUUUCGUGGUCUGAUGGGCAAAGAAGGGAUGAAAACGUAUGCCCCAAGUGGUAACCUUUUCCCAAGGCACUGGUUCAGAAUAAAGUAUACCCCAUACACUUACCGGAGAACUUUGAUUCUUAAUAUUUUAAGAGAGCUCCAGGCAUCUGAUGGGAGUGCAUGAAUUUUAAACUUGUGAAUUAUGUAUUUUGGAACACCACUGUGCUGCUUUUUUCUUUUUUUGCUUCUGUAUCUUCAUUAGAAUUUUGGGGUUUAUUUUUGCAUAUAGUUCAGAAAGAGUUAUUGCACGUUUCUUGAAUAAAGAAUUCUCUCUUAAAAUAUUAAA